UCUUUAUAUUUAGUCAUUGUCACAGCAUCACUAUUUUAGUGACAUGUGAUUGUCAAAUGCCAUCUUAACUUUGACGUUUAUUACACGUGCUGAUAUUUGUUGAUAGUGAAUUGUGUAAUAAAAAAUAAUCUAAUGUACCUAGUGGUAACUGAGAUGUUUUAAAUUUAACUUUAAUAAUGUCGCGUCUUAUCAUAAAAAAUUUACCUAACAAGGUAACUGUUGACCAAUUGAAGGACAUAUUUGCUGAAAAAGGUGAAGUAACUGACGUCCAGUUAAAAUAUACAAAAGAUGGAAAAUUUAGAAAUUUUGGAUUUAUCGGAUACAGAAGUGAAGAACAAGCCAAUGCUGCAAAAGAAUACUUUAAUGGUACAUGCAUUCGUUCAAUGAAAAUACAAGUAGAAACAUGCGCCAAUCUUGGAGAUGAGAAAAAACCCAGAGCCUGGAGCAAAUAUGCACCUGACAGCACUGCUUUCAAAAAAAUACAUAAAGAUGAACUGGGUGAAAAAGUCAAAAAAAAGAAAGACAAAAAAGUAGAGAAAAGCAAAAAUAAAAUCAAAGAAUUAUUAAAGAAGCACAAAGAUGACCCAUUAUUUGCAGAGUUUAUUGAUGCUCAUGUGAAUGAAAAGACAGGAUGGAUUAAAGAUGCCUUUGAGGAAGCGGCCAAGUCAGAUGAGGACAGCGGAGUAGAAGAAGAAACUGUAGAACAGACUGCUAAAGAAGUGGUUAAAGAGCCACCAAAAGUGAAUAAGGAAAUGAACACUACUGAAAAAGUAGCUAAUAAACAGAUCAGUGAUUUGGAAUACAUGAAAUUACUAAUGAAAAGAGUGGAUGAUGGUCUGACUUCACAAGAUAGCAUGCCUGAAAGUGAUGAGCCAAAAAAAAUAAGAAAUAGACCAUUGUUUUAUAUUAAGAUAACAGGUUUACCAUUCAAGUGUAAAAAGAAAGAUAUCAAAGAGUUCUUCAGACCGUUAGUGCCCUUCUCAAUAAGGCUACCAUUAGGCAAGGGAAAAAAACUCGCUGGUUUCUGCUAUGUUGGCUUUAGAACUGAGAAUGAAUUUAAAAAAGCACUUAAUAAGGAUAAAUUAUUUUUGGGCAACCAUCGAAUACAUAUACACAAGUACGAAAAUAGAGCAAAACAAGAGGCUGAAGAACAACAAGAAGCCGAUAAUAAAAAGAAAGAACAGCAAACAAAUAACGAAGAAAGCAUUGGUGAAAGUGGGAGUAUAUUUGUGAGAAACUUGCCCUAUGUUGUGUCAGAAGCUGAAGUAACAGCUCUGUUUGAGAAGUAUGGCCCGCUGGCAGAAGUGAACAUGCCCAUAGAUACGGUGCUGCGGCAACCGAAAGGUUUCGCUACGGUAACGUUCAUGAUUCCCGAAAACGCUGUGAAAGCGUAUACGGAACUGGACGGCACGACUUUUUGCGGCAGGAUGCUACACUUACUGCCAGCCAGGACGGAGGCGAUUGAAGGCGAUAGUGAUAAUGAGGGUUUAUCAUUCAAAGAAAAAAAAGCAAAGAAGUUAAAAGCUCAGGCUAAAUCAUCGCACAAUUGGAACAUCCUAUUCUUAGGAGCCAAUGCGGUCGCAGAUGUUGUUGCGGCCAACUACAAUACUACAAAAGAUCAACUGCUUAAUGAUAACAGCAAAACCACCAGCGCGGCCGUUAGAUUAGCACUUGGUGAAACACAACUCGUAGCCGAAACAAAGGCUUUUCUUGAAAGUAAUGGGGUCUAUUUAGAUGCAUUUAAUAAACCAGCCAAGAAACGAUCAAACACUUGUAUUUUAAUAAAGAAUUUACCAGCAGACACAGAUAAAGACGAACUCAAAGCGUUAUUCGAAAAGCACGGACAGAUCGCAAGGUUUUUAAUGCCGAAACAUGGAAUCACUGUGCUAGUAGAUUACAUUGAGCCAUUCGAAGCCAAGAAAGCUUUUACAAAAUUAGCCUAUUCACAGUUCAAAAGUUCUCCUUUAUAUUUAGAAUGGGCGCCGGAGAAUGUAUUCGUUAAAUCAACAAAUAAAACAGAAAAUAGUAAUAAGGAAACGGAGGAAGAAAAUAAAAAUGAAUUGAAAGACGAAAAUCCAAUGCCAGAAAAUAAGAAUAAAAUGAAUAAAGAUUCAAAACCUGAAUACGUUAAGAACGAGAAAGUUGAUGAACAUGUUAUAAUUGAAGAAGUCCAUGAUCUCAUGGAGCCGGAAAACGAUACGACAUUGUUUGUCAAAAAUCUUUUCUUCCAGACUACUGAGGACGCGUUAAGACAGCAUUUUUCAAGUUGCGGCAAAUUGUAUAGUGUAACCAUCGCAAAAAAGAAAGAUCCGAAGAGACCCGGCCAAUUUCUUUCAAUGGGAUACGGUUUCGUUCAAUAUUAUAGAAAAGAACACGCCAAUGAAGCGCUGAAGUCAUUACAAAACUCCACAUUGGAUGGAAAGACUUUAGAAUUGAAGAGAUCGGAACGUGGCAACAACGCCGACGUGACAACAGCCAGAAAAACUAAUAAGGUGACCCCUCAAAACGGAACUAAAAUACUCGUACGUAACGUCCCAUUCCAGGCUAACAGACAAGAGUUGCACGAAAUAUUCAGAGCAUUUGGGGAAAUUAAAACUUUGAGGUUGCCAAAAAAAUUGACACCAGGCGCGGAUCAACAUCGAGGCUUUGCCUUCGUGGAUUAUCAUACUAAAGCAGACGCUAAAAGUGCAUUCGAAGCACUAUGUCAGUCGACACAUCUUUAUGGGAGAAGGCUAGUUUUAGAAUGGGCAGAUCAAGGCAAUGAAAAUGAAGAUAUUGAUCUACUUAGGAAACGAACAGCUCAGUCAUUUAAUGCAAAGGCUACAGGAGGGAAGAAAUCUAGAAAAGGUGCAAUUGAUGCAGAAAAGUUUGUUGAUGGAGAUCAGGAUGAUGUUUAAAAUAAAAUGUGUAUAAUAUAAA